AUGUUCUUUCCCGUGGAAGUUGGCUUUCAUGCGCUCUUCAUCAUUAGCCUUCUUAUUGUUGUUAAAAAUUUUAGUUGGCUAUUAGAGGCAAUGAAACUAAAACUGGAGGCGGAGACAAAUGUAUUUCAAGUUCAGAUGGAAGAACAGAAUCAAAUUGAUUCUGCUAGACGAACUCAGUCACAUUCAGCCAAAUCUUCACGGCCCCAGUCUUCUGACCGAUCCACCAACUCGCCUACUAAAUCAGUCAAUGAACAACCUUGCCCUCUCUCAACCAAACAUAGUUUGGGUGCCGCUCAACUCUACAACCUUGCACCAAACGAAGUGAAACAGCUGCUCCAGCGCACGCUUGUGACAGGCCUGCUGGUUGGAAAAGCAGGUGAGUUUUUGAACUCACCAUUACUUCCUUAUCUUUUAUCUUCCGUUCACUUGCUCUUUCUUUUUCAAAUUCACUUGACUUUUACUAAAGAUUCGCAUAAUUCAUCUGAAUUAAGAUUGGCUUUUUUGUGA